UUAACAUUCUGAGGAACGCACAAAGUAACUCAGAUAAAAAGAAUAUCUCUCAAAUAAAACCUGAUGGUCCUGAUCUUCCCAUGCACCCUUGGAUGGUUCAAAUAAAAACUCAACCCCAUGCACCCACCCCCUAUUGGCCUUACAGCCGCUUCCCAGUGUGGCCCUCAGUCUAUGGUUCAGGGACAUAUCCUGUAUUGACAGAGAGGCCCUGGCUUUACCCCCAUUUAGGAGUUCGGGGCUCUGGGGUCACCAACCGACCAGAAAUCACAGCCGAGACAGUCAGAUCCUCGGCUUUCACCUCUCCCUCACCGUUCAGUGGCACAGAAGGCUCGCUGACCUCCUACUCACCCCACAAGGACCCAGGUUCACACAGCAGGACCAGACAGCAGGAUCUGUUAAUGCUCUCGAAGCUCAGAAACAGAUACAGGCAGGUUCAGCUCAACCGUAUCUCAAAGCUAGGGACGCGAGUGACACCGAAGCCCAAAAUCACUGACCCUACACCCAGACCUUAUAACCAGCCUCACAUUCCGUCAUACACGUACCAGCCGGUACCCCAAACCACCACUACGCCCAUGCCCACCAAUAGGCCCUACUCCACAGCCGCCGUCCUGUUUGGCAGCCGCUGGCACUGGGUUCCGAAGAGGAUAAGCACGCACAUGCCGUUCCCCAACCUAAUGGGUGGUGGAGUGAAGCCUAGGAUCACUUCGGUGAACACAGUCAGUGUGUCCGCCUUGGCUGAGGGAGAUGUUCUGCUGCCCUGUGAAGCGUCAGGAGAACCCCAACCAGCUAUCUCCUGGACCAAAGUAUCCACAGGCGCUACCAUCCAAGCCAACACAAAACACGGACAGAGAUUUGAAGUUCUAAAGAAUGGCACCUUUGUGAUUAAAAACGUACAGCUACAGGACAGGGGCCAGUACCUCUGCACGGCACAGAACACAUUGGGCUCGGACCGAAUGGUCAUGACCGUUACUGUGCAAACCCAGCCUCCCAAAAUCAUACGUUCCCGCUCCACAGAGGUUCCAGUAUAUUUGGGCAAGCCUAUAAGUUUAGACUGCGUCGCCUCAGGCAAGCCCCAGGCACAGAUCUCCUGGAUUCUUCCAGACAGGACCUUUGUGCGUGAUGUGGGAGCUCUUGAGAGGCCAGCCUCUCUUUUACCUAAUGGCACUCUGAGGAUCCAAACAGCUAACUUCUCCAGUAAAGGAGACUAUAAGUGUAUUGCUAGCAAUGCAGCCGGAGCUGACACGGUAACGUAUCACAUUCGCGUGGUGGCCUUACCACCUACCAUCAACGAGGAGACCUCGGAGAGCGUCGUCAUUCAGCCAGGGCGAAGUGUGUACGUCCACUGCACCGCCAAGGCGGAGCCUGCGCCUGUGCUAAAGUGGGCCCUCCCUGCAGGGCUACAUGUCAGACCUUCCCAGUUCCUUGGCAGAAGACUGUUUGUCUUUCCCAAUGGGACGUUGUACAUCAAAAACCUCUCUCCGGCUGACUCGGGGAGGUAUGAGUGCUCUGUGACCAACGCGGUGGGCGCGGCCAGGAGAGUUCUGCGCCUAAAUGUCAGAGAGGAGGCCUCCAGUCCACGACAGUCACAACAACCGUCCCAACAGCACAGAGUUACAGCCAUGUAUGGCUCCACUGUGUACCUGCACUGCCCGGCGUCCACUGGCUCUCCCCGUGGCACACUGUGGCAGUUGCCAUCCAGAAGACUGCUGGAACAUCGCUACAGCCCUGAAAGAUCUGUCACUGUGUUCUCCAAUGGAACCUUACGGAUCGUGCAACUGACUGAAAAGGAUGGAGGCCACUACCUGUGUAUGUUUCAGAGGCCCAACGGUGAAGACAUGGAGCUGUUUCAGGUGGAGGUGCUCAUGACACCGCCAAAGAUCAAACACCUGGGCAGUGCCCAGAAGAGGGUUACCUAUGGAGAGAAUGUCCAGGUGGACUGUGUCGCCUCAGGCCUCCCUGACCCAGAAGUGUCCUGGAGCCUCCCUGAUGGAACUAUAAUCAACAAUGCCCUCCAGUCAGACGACAGCGGUACACGUUUCCGCCGCUACGUUAUGUUCGGUAAUGGAACACUGUUGUUGCAACAGAUGGGAAAGAACGAUGAGGGGGACUAUACCUGCCAUGCCAAGAAUGAACUGGGAGAGGAUGAGAUGAAGGUGAGCGUCAAAUUAGGUCCAGACUCCCCCCGAAUCACAUCCAAUUCUCAGCUUGUGCUCAUGGCCCGACUGGGAGAGUCUGCCUCUAUGGCGUGUCAGGCCACUGGGGAGCCUCCACCAGCCAUUAUGUGGCUCUCCCCAAGCAAUGAUGUCAUAACAUCUUCAACUAAAUAUAAAAUCUUAGAUGAUGGGACAUUGGUGAUAAAGAGGGUGACUUUGGCCGACCAAGGAAAGUAUGUUUGUGUGGCAAGGAAUUCUGCUGGGGAUGACAUCAAGAACACGAGGCUAGAAGUGGAAGGAUUAGAACCACACAUCAAUGAACAACAUGGACGAAGCCGUAUGAAAGUGUUGGCAGUAUCAUAUCAAACAACAUUGCUUGACUGCAAAGCAGAGGGCAAUCCUGAACCACUUGUUUCCUGGGCAACACCUUACCGUCUUUCUCUGCCAACACCUUACUUGGGAGGACGCUUCCAAGUCCACAAGAAUGGGAGCCUAGAGCUGCGUGGAGUAAGGAAGACAGACGAGGGUCAGUAUAUAUGUCAGGCCAAAAAUAACUUGGGAGAAGCAAGUCUGGCUAUUGAGCUUGAAGUGGCAUCCAUAGCAGAGAAACCAAGCUUUGCCAUGCCAAACAUUGAGAUUUUACCAAUAAAGCAAGAUGGAAGUGAUAUAAUUCUGGAGUGUACUGCCCAUGGUAAACCAAACCCAGACUUUGUUUGGAUCCUGCCAAAUGGAACAAUGUUGACACCAGGAACUAGACUUGAACGGUUUACUCACUAUCCAGGAAAUGGGACAAUGCGCAUCACCCAGCCAGGGACCAUGGACAAAGGUGUUUAUCGUUGUAUGGCUAAAAACGUGGCUGGGACAGCAGAAAAGCGUUACAAUUUAGAACCAGGAAAAAAGCCUGUGAUUCGAGGCACAACUGGGGGCAUGAAGAUCACUUUUGGCCAAAUUCUGAACUUGCCAUGCUUUGUGGAGGGCUGGCCACAAGCCACAAUCACAUGGACACUACCGAACGGCCUGGUCCUGGACAAGCCACAGACUAUUGGGAGAACUACAUUUUUGUCAAAUGGUACUCUCCAACUCAGAGAAGUUGCCACAUUUGACAGGGGAACCUAUGUCUGCCAGGCCAUGAACACAUUUGGAUCGUCUACGUUGUCAUACCCAGUUGCAGUUACAGUGUACCCUCCACGCAUCACAAACGCACUCCCUUCUAUUACUAGGGUCCACAGGGGUUCACCAGUAACACUUAACUGCAUCGCUGCAGGCAUUCCAAAGCCUGAAAUAACAUGGACUCUACCUGGGCGAACCACACUCGUUCCCAACAACCGUUUCACUGCACAGGGAGGAAUUCACAUGACAGUUGAGGGGAGCUUGGUCAUAAAAGACCCCAUGCUAAUGAACUCAGGGAUUUACAAAUGCAAUGCAAAGAAUCCCUUAGGAAGUGACUUUAAAGCCACCUAUCUUCAGGUGAUCUGACCCAGUAACCAAAUAGGGUGUC